AUGAAAGGAAUUCUGAAUAUUGUCAAAGAAGGCAAUGAAGACCAAACGGAAAAGCAACAACAUCCUCGUAGAUUCAGUUUGGUCCAUCAAGCAAGUUGUGAAACACAACACAUCAUUGGGCUGAAGAGAAGAGAAACUAUUCGUCAUCGGCAACAACUCGAGAAAGGAUUACCUGAUCGCAAGAAAGAAAUUCUUCAAAAACUCAAUGACGAAGCAGUCGAACUUAUCUGGUCAGCGGAAACAGGAUCCAUUGAGUUCUCUGCCAUAUUAAGCAGUUCAGCACCUCUCUCGGACUUCGUUCGUGCAUGUUUGGAAUCAUUUGAGUCUAAUGGAAUAGAUCUUCAACACAUCGAGUCGCGAAAGGGCAAAAUUGUCGCAGGAAAAACAAGCUGGGACUUAUUAGCUGAUUGUAAUGCAACUAAGGAGCAAUUAUUGUUAAGCGCUUCAGCGUUGGUUCAUUGUCAUCUGGAACUAAGUAAUAUUGCUCUUUAUCAUAAAAAAAGGGAGCCAACUAUUCCUUGGUUUCCGAAGCAUGUCUCAGACCUGGACUUAUGUUCUCAUUGCAUCACCAAAUAUGAGCCCACGACUGACCCUCGACAUCCGGGUCAUGGGGAUGAAGCUUACAUAGCCAGAAGACAAUUUUUAAACAAUCAGGCGUUGGAGUAUAAACAUGGCGAUCCAAUACCGUAUGUGGAAUAUACAAAGGAAGAGCAUGAAACGUGGAAAGCUGUUUAUGAAAAACUCAAAACACUUCAUGAUAGUUUAGCCUGUGACACUUAUAGAAAGAACCUCAACUUGUUGGAAGAGGAGGGAGUACUGAGUAGUGAAGAAAUUCCACAGAUUCGCGAUGUGAACAAGUUCUUAAGAAAACGCACUGGAUUCAUUUUACGCCCGUGCAGUGGCCUGUUAUCGGCAAGAGAUUUCCUGGCCAGUCUGGCCUUCCGUGUUUUUCAGACGACCACUUACUUACGUCAUAGUGCUAGUCCUCAUCAUUCUCCUGAACCCGAUUUGAUUCAUGAGCUUCUCGGCCAUGUCCCAAUGUUUUCUGAUCCGUUGUUAGCUCAAAUGAGCCAGGACAUUGGAUUGAUGAGCUUAGGUGCGACAGAUGAACAGAUUGAAAAACUGGCAACCGUUUAUUGGUUCAUAGUAGAGUUCGGUUUGUGCGAAGAAGAUGGAAAACUGAAAGCGAUUGGAGCAGGUUUGCUCUCAGCAUAUGGAGAGCUCAUGCAUGCCUGUUCUGAUGUACCUGAGCAAAGAGAGUUCGUUCCUGAACUGACAGCCAUCCAGAAGUAUGAAGACAGUGAAUAUCAGCCUUUGUAUUUCAAAGCAAGGAGUAUCCAAGAUGCUCUUGUCAAAUUGAGACAGUACGCUUUGUCCAUGAAUCGCCCUUUCUCCGUCAUUUAUAACCCAAUCACUCAAAAUGUGGAGAUGGUUAAUAGAGUGUCCGAUUUAAACGCUGCCUUUGAUAGAUUCCGCCUAGAGUUCUCUUCAAUCAGCCAAUCUUUCGAUGUCAUAAACAAGAAAACAAACUAA